AUGGACCGUGACCAUGGCACCGCGCCCACGCCUGGCCCGGAAGAUAACCGGUCACGGAAAGGUCGUCUGAUGGGCAAACUGUUUGGCGGCCGCGAUCGAAAAGUGUCCAACGAGCUACGUGGCGACGACGCCGAGCUCAAUGCUUUCCUGCACGGCACCUCGAACUCACCCUCGCCCUUAGCUGCCUCGACAGGCACGACGUUUGACACCUUCCAGGUCACACACAGCACUCCGCCCCAGCUGGCGAAGUUGGACACACAAUAUGUCUCUCGCUAUCCCAACGCCCUGCCUGUCGACCGUGGGAACUCCUCCCAGCAGAGCCUACCGAGCAGCCAGCAAUCUCGCAGCCCCCCGCCGAGCUACUCGGUGUCAAAAUCUGCGAAGCGAAACAGAAAAGGGCUUGUCGUCCGCUUUGCAGACUCGUAUCCGGACAUUAUCGGCGAGGGCGGCGAUGAGACUGAGGCACCGCCGAUGGAAAUUGGCAAGCGACGACGUGCACGUGCAGCAAAGCUCGCCGUCUCACCGUUGCUUGGCAUGCACAGCUUGGCCCGCGGAAUCCCAACGGAAGCACAGCCGGCGACGUUGCCGAUACGCUCGCCGCUGCCCGGCCCUCCAACAUCACAACGCUCUAUAUUGCAACAGUCACAGCUGGAGUCACAACAGCCGGCGGCACAACCGCCGCUCAGGCCGCAGCAAUCGUAUUUGCGGCCGUCUCCCGACGACGACAGCUUUCUUCCUCGUCCGCUGAGGAGGACUCAGACUGGCUUUUCGGCAAUUUCGGUUCCCCGUCGGUCUUUUAUCGAGGUUCACCAGGCGGAAAUGCGCGAAGCUGAGGGCCGUGCUCUAGCCAACGCCCUUCGCGCCGGUGUCAGCCCGCCGUCCAGUCCGGAAGUCGAACAGAAGCGACCACCGUCGCCGAGCAGGAGGUCACCGGCCAAGGGCACACCCCCGCUGCUCCCCCCUCCGCGACACCCAGAACAUCGCGGGCCUAUCAACCGCUUUGAAUUCGACCCAACCUCGCCCUCGGCCGCGUCGCCACUUCAGCGCAUGCGUUCUGAGCGCCACAGGCCGCUGGCCCGCGACCCCAGCCCUGCAUCCGACUCGCCUCCCACCCCGGCUGUGGAACGACCAUAUAAUGCUUUCCGGCGAGAUGCUAUUGGCAGCGUGUCUGUCAAGGACCGUGGGGCCUACGCCUUGGCCAACGCCCCCAGGGCAAUGCAGGACACGUACGAUGCAGCCCAGUCUGCUUCUGACGAGGCCUUUACCUUAUUUGUCACCCGCAUGCGCCACCUGUUCGAGUUGUUCCGCCUGCACUCCGAAACACCUGACGCUGUCGAUGUCGGAGGUGCAGGUGCCGGCGGGAGAUGGGGCCGCGAAUUGGCCGAGGGUCUGGGAGCGGUGGGGGCCGGGGUGACGUGCCGGGUGUUGCGGUUCCCUACGGUGGCCGACCUGCACGCGGUGCAAGCCGCGAUCACGGGAUACGAGGUGGUGUUUGACGGGAUGGCGGCGACGUUUGCGAUAGCGCGGCGGCGGAUGGUGGUGCCGAUCCACAAGAAGUGGGAGGCGGGCACGACACGGAUCCAGGUGGUGGUGCAGCCGGACACCAAGGUGACGCAGCUGCUGGCCUUCUUCCAGGAUUUCCACUACGGGCAGUGCAUGGGCUUUGUGCUCAAGGGCACGGACGUGUUCGAGGCGUUUAGCCGCAGCGGCAAGGCCGGGCUGAAGAUUGACGAUGCCAAGUUCCCGCUGCCACGGAUGCGGACGGGAGACAGCGGAGCGAACGGGAGCAAAGAGGGCGGCAGCGACUUUGACGAGACGGCCUUUGUGUGUCUGGACAUGCCAGAUCUGCCGGGCGAGCACGAUGACAUCUCGAUUUUGUUUCAAGAGGAAGCAGGCAAGUUGACGACAGCACUAAAAUUUCCCAGCGUUACGCACGCGCUAACAAUGAGCAGAACGAGAUCGGCUGGCGGCGUGUCUUCCCGCACGAGUGCGAAACACUCGUACGAGCAAGAAACACUAAGAUCAAAGGGCAGCGGGUGUGUUUUUGGGUUCCUGCAUUUGAGCAUCAUAGAUACCCUAGAGCGGGACACAGAGGGCAAAGGACCAGCAGCCAGUAUGUCGAUCAGCAUGUUUAACGGUCUACCGAUCUUCAGGGCCGGUGUGUUUGGGGUAAUGCAGCGCAGCAAAUGUUUGUAUAUUGGGGUAACAGGGCAUCAGUGA